GUCCCUCGGCUGCUGCUGCCUCCCGCAACUUCCUUCUUCCCCAACAUCCGGAGCCUCCUGGCCGCCCCGGGCUCCGUCACCCACCAGCACCUGAUGGAGGAAGCGGCCCUCAAUGUCACCCUGCAGCUUUUCCCAGAGCAGCCGCCCUCAGAGCAGCCCCCAGUUCGUCUUGAGGACUUCCUGGGCCGCACCCUCCUCACCAACGACCUCUUUGCUGCCUACUUCGGACCUGGGUUUCCUUCUCGGCAGUUCCGAGCAGCCUUAGGUGAGGUGUCUUGGGCCAACGCAGCCCAGGACUUCCUGCCAACAUCUGGGAAUGACCCUGAGCUGCACUUCGAUGCCGAGCGGCUGGGCCAGGGCCGCAUGCUCCUGGCGGGGGCUCCCCGGGCGGCCAUGGGGGCGGCCAGAGCCCUGGAGCACACUCUGGCCCACCAGCGCCUCGGCGCCGCGCUUCAUGCUUUGCGGGAUUUCGACAGUCACAGCAACUGGGUGGACCUGGGGCGGCAGCAGCCACACCCUCAGCUCCUCUGGCUGAGGCAGGAGCUCGGGAGCCUGGCACGAGUAGGCGAUCCUGCCUGCUCUGAUUGAGAGUUGAGCUGCCCUGGGAAUUUGCUGGGCUUUACACUCCUCACUUCUGGCUACUUUGGAACUCAUCCCUCCAAACCUCCAGGGAAAUGUAGCCAUGGGGGCCGUUUUGACCGGAGCAGCUCCCAGCCACCACAGGGCGGCAUCAACAAAGAGAGCACAGCCCCGGGCUUCUCUCCCCACCACAUGCUGCACCUCCAGGCAGCAAAACUGGCCCUUCUGGCCUCCAUCCCCUUCAGUCUCCUGAGAAACCACCUGGGAGACAGGGGUUUCUCUGGGCUGCUGGACAUCAGCCCGGCCUCCAGCCUGAGCUUUGUCCUGGACACCACGGGCAGUACGGGUGAGGAGAUCAAUGCUGCCAAAAUCCAGGCUCGCCACAUUGUGGAACAGCGACGGGGCUGCCCCAUGGAGCCUGUCCACUACGUCCUGGUGCCUUUCCAAGAUCCAGGGUUUGGCCCUGUCUUUACAACCAGUGACCCUGACAGCUUCUGGCAACAACUCAAUGAGAUCCGCCUUGGGGGUGGAGAUGAGCCUGACGUGUGCCUGUCAGCCCUGGAGCCGGUUCUGCUGCACACCCCUCCACUCUCAGACAGCUUUGUCUUCACAGACGCCUCCCCCAAGGACGCCAUGCUCGCCAGCCAGGUGGAAUCCUUGACUCAGGAGUGGCACUGCAGAGUGACAUUCCUAGUGACUGAAGACCCAUCGAGGGUUCAGGGCCGAGCUCGGCGUGAGGUCUUGUCCCCUCUGUGUUUUGAGCCAUACGAAGCAGUGGCCCUGACCUCAGGAGGAGAGGUCAUCUUCACCAAAGACCAGCACAUUCAGGAUGUGGCCGCCAUUGUUGGGGACAGCAUGGCUGACGUGGUUACCCUUCCCCUGGAACCUCCUGUUGUGUCUGGGAGGCCACUUGUGUUCAGGGUGGAUAUGCUGCUCCAGAGGGUCACAGUUCAGAUCCACAGGGAGGUCAGCAGCUUCUAGAUCAGGAACCCUGCAGGGGUCUCCCAGGGCCAAGAGGAAGGCGAGGGGCCUCUAGGUCACACGCGCCGCUUUGGGCAGUUCUGCAUAGUUACCGUGAAUGACCCCCCACAGACAGGGACCUGGGAGAUCUGGGUCACAGCUGAGGACGCGCCCAGGGUGAGAGGGCAAGCUCAGACAGCCCUGGACUUCCUCUUCUACUUUCGGAUUCCCAUGGAGGAUGGCCCCCACCCUGGCCUCUACCCCCUGACUCAGCCAGUUGCAGGCCUCCAGAGCCAGCUGCUGGUAGAGGUGACAGGGCUGGGCUCCAGAGGCAACCCCGGAGAUGCUCGGCCGCAUUUCUCCCACGUCGUCCUUCGAGGGGUCCCGGAGGGUGCCGAGAGGGGCUGGGUGCCUCUGGAGCCCACGGGACCGCGGCAGCGAGGUGUCCUCGUGGCCUCGCUCCCGCCCGUGCUUCUGUCCAGGGGACGCUUCUCUCUGGAGCUGGUCGGCCGGACGGAGAGGGGCGGGGCCUGCACCGAGCGGCACCCCCAGCCCUGCACCGUGGUCCCGGUGCUUCGGGAGAGAGGUGCCGCGGCUCCUGCCCUGACCCGCCCUCCGCCCUGCUCCGCCGCCGCCAGCUUCUCGGGCCCUCAGGAUCUCGACCUUAGGCCAUCUGUCAGUCCCAGCUUCCCUCUCACCUCCAACCCCUCCGUGUACAGCCCCCGAACCCUCCUGCUCAGUUCUGGCCCACCUUUUGGUUCCCGGGCAUGGGAGUCUGGUGCCUUAAGCCCCGCCUACAGCGGCCUCCGCUGGGCGCUCAGAGUCUCGCCUGGCCUCGCCUCCCUGCCGGCGCUUGGCUCGGACCCUCGGACCCUCGGACCCUUGGCUCGCAGCUCUUCGGAGCCCGGGCCUUCAGCCGGGCAUGUGUGUCCACUUGGCAGGGUUCGCCUGGAACCGAAUGAGUCCGCCUGGGGACGCCUAUGGUUGGAGGUCCCGGACUCAGCCGCGCCAGACUCCUUGGUGACGGUGACUGUAACCUCGACAGGUCGGGAGGCCAGCCCAGUGCCCCCGACCCACGCCUUCCUCCAGCUCCUAGUUCUCUCCCCCUUCUCCGCAGGACCGCUGGCCGCCCCUGCCCACUCAUUUGGCCCUAUCCUCGCCUCAACCAGCCCUGCCUCCACUUUGGUGACUCGGGGAAGGGCCGGGGGAGGGCGGGUGGGCAACCCCUGGUGGGGCACAGCUGGAGGGGUGACAACUGGUGACAUAGGAGGGAUGGGUCUCCAGAGCUCUUUUCAAUCCUGCUCCUUUGGUGAGAAGGUAACAUGGGCCUCGGGACCCCACCUCUCUCAGCUGGAGGUUUUCUUUCUCAGGCACUUGUCCCUCUCUUUCUUAGUGAGAUUGGGAAAGAGGGCAGUGGAUUUUCCCACAGUGCACUUUCUCUAA